CCUUCUUAACGCUACGUCAUUCUUAAGUUAUACCUUAAGAGUGGUAGCCAUAUACUCUUAUGAACAACGUAGUGAUACAAAGGUUUCGGGAACCCAGCCUUGAUCAUUAAUGGUUGUUCAUUUCAUAUGUGUGGGAAUUGCAUUUUCCAUAACCAGGUGCACAGUGAAAUAAAACAAUGAGAUGACAUUAAAAAUAAGCUGUAAAAAUGGAUUUGUUGUUUCAACUUAAAAAAUUAAGUUUAGUUUUUGUUAGUUCAAUGUAGAAAUAUUAGUUUAUAUGUUACUUUGAAUCAAAAUUUUACUUACUUCAACUUAACAUUUUUAAGUUGAAUUAAGUAAAAAUUUUAAGGCAGCUGGGUAACUUAUUUUUUUAAGUUAAAACAACUAAUCAUUUUGGGUACAAAAUCAUAAGGGCAUUGUAGUAUUUUCAACACACUUGGUUUACAUCUGCAAGAUUGUAUAGGCACUUUCAACAUAAACUUGAUAUUUAUGCAUGUGUGAAAAUAUGGAUGUUUGUUAAAAAUAUAAAUGGAAUGUAUUUUGUAAUUUCUUUUAUAUGAAAGAGUAAACAUUAUUUUCUGUUUUGAAGGCAGACAGGACUACAAUGCCUUCACCACACGAUCUUUUAAAGAGCUUACAUGACGUUCUCAGCAAGUCCAUUUUUUUCAGUUCCGUUCCAAUGAGUCUUUUGUUAAUCGGACUGGAGGGGUUGAUUGAACCAAACCUUUCAUGCCCGUGCAGUGAAGGGUGGAAUAAGCCGCUGAUAGCACUCAUCUUCAUCGGACCCUUUCUUUUUACGUUCGCUUUAAUGUUCAUCCUGUUAAGACCCUGCACAUGCGAACACAGGUGUUCUGUAGAUCCAAAAGCUUUACUAAAAUGUCUGUUUCCUCCUGUUAUGUGGAUCAUCAUCUUGUUACUUGAUGGUGAUUACGUGGCAUGUGCCUCGACAACAUGGAAAGGAAAUUAUGCUUCAAGUAUACAGUCAAUCAGAAAAUGGUGUGUACCCUCUAAUCUGUCCCUUACUGAAAAAGUGAGUGAUUUCCAAUUUAAGUACCAGACUUUCAUCGCUACAUCUCAGAUAGCAGGUUAUGGAGGGAUUAUUGUCAUCAGUCUGAUCAUUAUCUGUGUGGGGGCUACUUACUGCUAUGAAAAAACAUAUACAGAGACACAGGGUGGGGCAGAGGAUGGGGCAGAGGAUGGGGCACAGGGUGGGGCAUCAAAUGGGAUGCAGGGUGGUGCAAAAGUUGAGGCAUUGUGGGAAUAUUUUUUAGAUAAAAGUAUGAUUUAAAUAUCAAUAUCAUCAAUAAGUGUUUUCUUUCAUUUGUUUCAUUAAGCUGUGUGUUUUGGUCAUGUGCUUUCUAUUUCACUCAGUGGAAAGUUACUGGGGCAAACAAAGAAAACAGAGAAAGUUGGGGGUUGGAGUCGUAAAUUAUAUAGAUAAACACACACACAUAUAAAGAGUCACAAAGAAGAGAAGUGUUAUGAAUUAAUCCACUACAUAUGUUUUGAGUGUAAUCAUGAGUUGUGAUGUGUUUUAAUGAAUCACAGGAUUAAGAAACAACGCUACAUAAUUAAAAGCAUUAGAUGGUUGAGUGUUUUCUUUUUACUAAAGGAAUGUUAAGAAUGUUGGUGUGUUGUCCGGCCACAAUAAACUGUUUUUAGGAGACCACUCCUUGGGGGAGGGUGUCUCUGGAGAACAUUCCUCAAUAUGUAUGUUUUGAGAAGGUUUUAUUUUUCAGGAACUAAGCAGAUAAACGUGGCGUAUGGUGAUUGGUGGAAAGAGAACAACACUCCUUAAAAGGCAAAGGCGGGGUCAGAAGAUAGAACGACGUCACAUACUUUAUAAA